AUGUCUGAAUUUACCGCCGAUAUAACCCGCAAGGAACCAUCAACAAAGACUCUCUUGGAUCAAGCCCGAGAGAGACCCGACAAUGUCAGAGAAGAACUUUCAGAUGCAGAUCCGCAAAAUACGACAGGAGUUGCAGCCGAUAGAAGCAGGGCGCCGGUUGACCAGGAUCUAGAGAAGGGUAGCGUACAGAGGACACAGGUGGAUAGGAGCAGCUCGUUGAAAUCGUGA